AUGCACUAUACUACAGAGGGUGUUGGGCCCAGUAUAGCAAUAAGCUUCUCAGUUUAUGAGGCUUUGAGGUCUUUUUGGCAGUCUGAAAGGCCCAAUGAUUCGACUGUAAUGGUCAGUCUUGCCUGCGGCAGUCUUUCAGGCAUUGCCUCAUCAACAGCAACAUUCCCUCUGGAUGUUGUGAGGCGAAGGAUGCAGUUGGAGGGGCUGGUGGUCGAGCUCGCAUCUAUAAUACGGCUUAGCAUUGUCUUCAUGACUUACAAGACACUGAAAAUGCUUUUGUCGCGCAUCCAAGCAAGUGAUUCAUGCUUUUCUUUAGGUGUUUCUGGGAUUUCCAAUUCGGUUAUAUGCGCCAAACGAGUGAUUCUAAGGUUGGCUAUCCAACAUUGGGUGGAUUUGCAGAGUUCGUAUCUGAAUUUGACAUGCCUAGUGGUUCAAGUUGAAAGAACAAAGAUGCAAGUGUUCUUGAGACUGGUAGGGCUUUUAGCCCUGCCAUGUUUGAAGGCGUUUUUAAAAUUUUUACUCCAGAUGUACCAACUAGCAUCUCGGGCAGACAAGAAGAUGCUCAGGAGUUCCCUUAGCUUCAUUAUGGAUCAAAUGCAUGAUGAAUUACUUAAGCUUGAAGGACAGCCCUUGAGUAUUAAUGGCCUCAAAUCAUCUCUAAGGAAAGACGAACUUUUUUUAAGAAGGGUGGGUGACUAUCAAAGAGCAUUAUGUCAGGCCUCCAAGAUGGCGGAAAGAAUUUCAUCUUCAAGAUGGACGCAGACAUUAUAG